AUGGCUACCGAUACUCCCUCUCCACCUCCUACUGCCUCACAUGAAGAAGAAGAAGAUAACAUCAACCAGCAACCGCCUACUCAGCAGGAGUUGGUUCUGUCAUCGCCGUCACCAAUCGAAGACGUGGAUCAGCACCAGCAAUUUGAAAACUCAAAUUCACCUUAUUCGCCGCGGACGUCCGUCGCAAAAUCGGAAAAGCCUGUCGACCGCGAACAUCCACCACCUGAAGACGUCGAAGAUGAACAGGAACAGGAACCGGUUCCGACUUCACCUCCACCGCAAGACAAAAUGCUCGGCCGUCAGCAGCCUUCGCCACCACCGUCGCCUUCCUCCUUCUUACAACCGUCACCACCACCGCCACCUCCACCGCCACCCACAGAACCUGAAUAUCCACCGGAAAACCUUAGCCCUGGCCAUGAAUCUCCUAUUUCAAAGCAAUCACCAUCACCACCAAAGCGAGACGAAGACCCCGUGCAAAGCCCUAAUUAUCGUGAAACCCCUUACCCAAACCCUAACCCUAACUCGGAUCAUGAGUCUCCGUCUCCGUCUUCACCAGCAACACUCCAAGGAAACCCUAGCCCUAAACCACACGAAUCACCUAAAGACCCCUCUCCGUCGCCACCACCGACCGCCGCAUCACCAUUAUCACCACCACUCCUCCAAGCGGUUGCCAGCUCUUCACCGAUUAAACAACAAAUCUUACCCUGGACCCACCAGGAAACUGCAAACCUGAUCCAAGCUUACCAAGAGAAAUGGUACUCUUUAAAAAAGGGUCCCCUUAAGGCCAGCCAAUGGGAAGAAGUAGCCAUCACGGUGGCUGCACGCUGUGGCUACGACGAGCCCACCAAAACCGCCAAACAGUGCCGCCACAAAAUAGAAAAGCUUCGUAAGCGUUACCGUUCAGAGAGGGGCAAACCUAGGUCCAAAGCCACCGCUUGGAAUUUCUUCAAACUCAUGGACAACCUGGAAAAAGGACCUUUACCAAUUUCAUCGUCACUGCCCUCUAUGGAAUUAGUCGAGUACCAGAAACCAAGCAACUCUAAUGGCAAAAAGAGGAAGAACAACGAUGAUGGUGACAAGAUGCUCGGUUUUCAGAUGGAGGAAGAAGAAGAUGAUAGUAAUGAAGAAGAUGAAGACACUGAAGAAGGGGUAGCAGCACAAUUGGCGGCUGAAAUAAAGGGGUUUGCUGAAAAGUUUGUAAAAAUAGAGAACAAGAAGAUUGAGAUGAUAAAAGAUGUUGAGAGAUACAGAUUGGAGAUGGAGAAUAAGAGAAUGGAAAUGAUACUUGAAUCACAACAGAUGCUUGUAGAGACUGUAAACAAAGCUUUUGGUAGAUCUCAUAAACCACACAAGCUUUCUGCAAAUUAA